AUGAAGAAGUUUUUAAUACGAAAUAGAAAGCCUGUAAUGGACUCUUCAGCCCAAGGGUCUUCAUCUGCCAUGGACCCACAUAAUAAUAAUAAUAAUGAUUUGUAUCCCAUAAAUUCUGGUGGAGGGAACAGGUCCACAUAUACUUCGGAAUCACAAGAUUCCUUUGGUGAUUUGCAACCUAUGUUCACACAAGAAGAUAGAACUGCUGAUAAAGAAAACUCAGUUGCAGUAUCCGGUACUCCCUUUAUAAAUGAUACCAACCUAAACUUAAACCCGACUAUAUCUAUAGCAAAAUCUUCGGUAUUCACUAAGGAUUCGACGGACUAUAUGGGAGGCAAAUCUAUCUUCUCCAAGGGUAAAAUGACCCUGUCUUAUUCCACUAAACCAAGUACUGCUCCUUCUACUGCAAUUACUGGUGAUUCAGUGGGCAGUGGUAGUGGUAAAAAGGGUCAACUGAGAUUUGGCCUCCCUUUACAAAUUUUGGAACUUCCAGAAGACAGUCAUGGAGUGGAAAUCGACUUGCAGCAAGCUAUCCAAGAGAAAUUACAUCAGUUAAGUGAAGAUUGCUCAUAUACUAUCAACCAGUUCAAUAAUUCAUUGGCUAACUUGAGUACGACUGUCAUUAAUAUCAUUGAUUGCUUAAAGGGAUUUAUCAAAUUUAUAAACUCUUCUAAAGAAAGAUCAGACUAUAAAUCAACCGAGUGGCGUUUUGAUACUUAUAACAAUAUCUAUAUUCGUCGUCUUAUGGUGGUAUAUUUGAAUUUAUAUGAUAAUUUAUUGACUGAUGACGCAUAUUUGAAGUUGAAACUUUUACUCACUAAAAACUUCAAUGAUUUUAUAUCAACAUUAUCUUCCUCCAAUGUUAAACAAAAGAACAACUCGCAAAAACUUAAUGCCUCAAUGUCUGAUAAAGGUGGCCCUUAUGUCCUUCAAAAACCACAAAACUAUGCAGUGGGUAUAAAUGGUUCACAACGUCUUCCCAAUGAAAACGUUGUUCACUCAAUCAUGGGAAAGAUGGCUUCUUCUUCUGCUUCGGUGAAAGAGCAAAAUGGAUCUUUUAUUGCACCUAUUUUAAGAGGUUUGGGAACAAGUAUGAAUGUCAUGUGCCUUUACUUUGCAUAUCCUAACCCCACAGAGUUCCAUUACAAGUUAGCUAAAAGUUUGCAUGAUCUUUUUGAUGAGAUUCACAUAAUGGUAGUCAAAAAUAAAAUAGAGUUGGCUGCUACAACUAUACCUGGCCCUCCAGUUACUGCGGAACCCUUGAAUGGGAAAGACAAUUUGCCCUCUCCACAACCAUUGGGUGACAGUGGUAGGUCAUUACCAUCAACAUUUAUUCCUCAAGUAAACUAUACUGCUCGUUUUAAACUUCCUUUUCGGGUCCCAACGGAUAUUACCAAGCCACCUAUGUCAAUGUCGAUUUCACUGGAAAGUACCACACGUGUGUCAGGAACAGUUGGUGGGUAUAUUUAUCCUAUGAUCAAUGUGAAAACUCAACCUCAUUUACAGUCAUAUGCCAAUUCGAAAUUUGCUGUUAGUUGUGGUCAUGUUUGUCUUGAUCAAAAUGGUGAUUCUGGUGGUGAAAGUAUUCAAUAUCCUCAUGUCUCUGUUCCUUCAAAAGUUGUUAUACUGCUCUAUAAACAAGCAUUGGUGUCACAGUAUCAAAAAUUUAAUAGCAUGACAACUGAUGGAAAUUCCGCCAACCAAAUGCCUCUGGUUGAAGCCAGGGCUGCAUACUCACAAGUGAUACAACAAGUUGAUCAAAUGUUUCCACCCAAGAGAGUUAAAGUAGUGGACCCAAGAACCAAACAAAUGAAGUAUGAAAUAUCAAAUCUACCUAUUCAUAGAUUUGGGCAAAUUAUUUGGGGUGAACGUGCAUUGAUUGAUGCAGGUAAGAAGAAGAGGCUUUCUGAUUUAGCGGUCAUUAAAGUUAAUCGUAAUCUUAUUUGUGAUGCCAAUUUUUUGGGUGAUGAUAUUCCCUUUAACGAAUAUGACCAAAGUUUGAUGUUUGACAAUCUAUAUGUCAGAAGUAUUGUGCCUUUACGUCGUGCAGAAGUUGCCCAAAUUGAUGGUAUUGAUAUCAACGAAAUAGAUGAUGAAGCACCUGUAUCUGAUAUGGCUGCUUCUAAUGUUUACGAUGGUAUAAAUGUUUUCAAAUAUGGUUCGACUUCUAAGUUCACCAAGGGAAACUUAAAUGGAAUCAAAUUAGUAUAUUGGUUUGAUGGUGCUAUUCAAUCUUCAGAGUUUAUUGUUAACUCUAUUGAAAGUAACUCUGCUUUUGCUGCCGGCGGUGAUAGUGGGCUGUGGGUUUUAACAAAAUGCGAAGAUUGCCCUCCUGGUAGCUUGAGUGAAAGCAAAGGUUUGGCAGUUCUUGGGAUGUUGCAUUCUUAUGAUGGUGAGUUCAAACAAUUUGGAUUGUUCUCACCUAUGACGGAGAUACUUAGUCGUUUACAGGCUAUUACCAGUAUCAAAUGGGGUAUUGUUGGAGUAUCACCCACCAAAAAGGAAAUGGCUGAGAUGGGUUUGGAUUAUGCUGAUGAUGAGGAUGAUUUGGAAAGUAUAUCUGGUGCACUAAGUAUGGCCAGCAAUGCUACAUCAGAGGUUGAUUGA